AGGUACAUACAUAGAUCUACAGGCCCGCGCUGGAAUAAAGUACUUUUGCGUCUGCUGAAAAAAGGAAAAAAAAAAGUAUAUUCUAUUCCUUCAUAUCUGAAAUCCGUCAAAAUAAAACUUAUUUUUUAACAUACAUACAAUAUCUCAUACGUCGGCAUCAAAAUGGUCUAUUACUUCAAAUCGACAGUCGUCGAUCCUCCAGCGUUCGUCUACGUCGGCAAGGACAAAUUCGAGAAUGAGGAGUUGAUUAAGUACGGUUGGGAAGAAGACGUCUGGUUCCACGUGGACAAGCUUUCCAGCGCGCAUAUCUAUCUAAGACUCAACGAGGGCGACUCGUGGGAGAACAUACCGCAAGACCUGGUGACGGACUUGGCGCAGCUGACCAAGGCCAACUCCAUCGAGGGCAAUAAGAAGGAUAACAUCACCGUUAUAUAUACGCCCUGGUCUAAUCUAAAGAAGGACGGCAGCAUGGCCGCCGGCCAGGUGAGCUUUAAGGAUCCACGCAAAGUCAAAAAGGUCCUCGUCGUCCAGCGUGAGAACGCCAUCAUCAACCGGCUCAACAAGACCAAGGUAGAGAAGCAACCCGAUCUUCAGCAGGAAAGAGAGGAUCAUCGUAGAGAGCUACGAAAGCGGGACCAGGCUGCUCAACAACAACGAAAGAAGGAAGAGGCCAGGAUAAUGAAGGAGAGGCAGGAGAAGAAGUGGCAGAAGGACCACGCUUACGAUGAAUUGUUCACGGAAGAGAACAUGGAGUCCUCGAGCAACCAGAACAGGGAUGAGAACUGGGAGGAAGAUUUUAUGUAAAGGAACGAAUGAAUUACCCUACCGAAGUAAUAUAUAAACUAUAAACUUCGUGAUUACCUCAUAAUA